UUCGCUAAAAGCUGUCAGUUCUGCGCGUGCCGUAGCAGCGGCGAGUUCUUGGAAGUGUUUGUUUGUUUCAAAAUGGCGUUCAAUGGCGACGGGCCCCACACUAAAAGACAGCGGACGGAGACCGACUCGACCAACAACAGAUUUUUGUUUCAGGGACAUACUGGAAAUUACACAACGGCGGAAGAACCAAGAAGAAAAAGACAAGAUGAAAGCAAGCCAAAUCACGUCCUCUUGUUCACCAUUAUCAACCCCAUGUAUCCAAUCACCGUGGAUGUUCUACACACGAUCUGUCAAGCAAGUGGCCAGGUUUUGCGGAUCGUCAUCUUCAAGAAGAACGGAGUGCAGGCCAUGGUGGAAUUCGAUAGUGUAGAAUCGGCCGUAAGAGCCAAAGAGACACUAAACGGAGCAGACAUCUACUCGGGAUGCUGCACUCUGAAGAUAGAUUUCGCCAAGCCUGAAAAACUCAACGUACACAAAAAUGACUCCGAAAGCUGGGAUUACACGGUCUCGAUGAAUAUACAGCAUGUGCCGAAAUUGUUGAAAGAAAACACAAAUGGCAGACCGCAACCUUUGCUGCAGGAGCCACAUUAUGGAUCUCGACCUCAACCUUACAACCCAUACCCCAGCGAGCAGCAGCGGUACGACGAAAUGUGCGCCGGCCCCGGCUACGGCGAGCCCUUCGGCACCGAGACGUACCGGAAAAGCGCGCCGCCAGUGACCGCCGAGUACCGGGACCAGCGGAACACCCACUUCCAGCAACCCGGAGCCGUCCUCAUGGUGUACGGGCUGGACCCCCUUCGCACCAACGCGGACAAACUCUUUAAUCUCAUGUGCUUGUAUGGAAACGUUGCUCGGAUAAAAUUUCUCAAAUCAAAAGAAGGCACUGCCAUGGUACAAAUGGGCGACAGCGUGGCGGUGGAACGAUGUGUUCAAAAUUUAAACAACGUAACCGUAGGUCUAACGGGGGCUGCGCCCUUGUCACACCACAACAACGCCAACGACGAUAAGAACAACCAAUCUGAACACAAACUACAACUAGCCUUCAGUAAACAACCCUUUCUUAGUGAAGUAACUAAUCCCUACCCGUUACCUGAUAAGUCUCCCUCGUAUAAAGAAUACAUAACAAAUAAAAACAACAGGUUUAUGAACCCGGCGAUGGCCAGCAAGAACCGCAUCCAGCCCCCGAGCAAGAUCCUGCAUUUCUUCAACACGCCGCCCCAAGUGACGGAAACGGAACUAGUCCAGGUGUUUCAAGACUACGACGUCGUUCCUCCCAAAGCUGUGAAGCUUUUUCCUAUGAAAUCUGAACGGUCGAGUUCGGGCCUCCUUGAAUUCGAAGACACCACAGAGGCAGUGGCUGCCGUGAUGGCGUGUAACCAUGCCGCCAUCGAAAGUCCAGGCACAAAGUUCCCUUUCAUAAUGAAACUGUGUUUCUCGUCGUCCCGUAGUAUGACGAUUCGAAAUGGCGACAACAAUUCCAAUGGAGCUGGGGAAAAUAAGUUAAAUAAGUUAGACUCCGAACACUAAAUGAAGCUCCAGAUCCCUUAAGCAUAACCGAUACAUAUCCUUUCCAUAUACCGUAUGUCCAUAAUACGUUACUGUUAGUUGGAGGUACUUAAGGUAUCCAUUUUUUUUGUUUGCUAGAAGAUGAAUCUCGUUUAUCGAACAUACGCGUUAUGUUCUAAAUAAUAUUUUUUUAAUUGUUGAUAUUAUUUAAUUUUUUUUUUGUUACUGUCAACGUAAUGUCAAAAUAGUAAUUCUGCGAUUCCCCUAAAGUUAAACUAGGUAAUUAUUAGUAUUACAUAUCUUAAAGAAGUUGACGUGAAUGUUAAUAAGAUUUGUGUGUAACACAAGUUUUUAGCGCAAUUUUUAAAUGUUUAAUUGCAACGACAUUAGACGUAAUGUUUUUUAAAUAAAGUAGGUUAUUUAUUGUUAGACGAUGAAGUAAGCAUAGUACUGUAUAUUUUUUGCACUAAUUGUGUUAUCACCCAUAGUACUGUAAAAGGUUUGUUGAGUUAUGUUAUUAUUUAUUUCGCUCAUUGCUUGUAUCAUGUUUGCAUUAAAUAAAGUUUCGUUUCUUUUCUAAUUAGGUUUUGAAUAUGUGAUUGUAUACUAGUUUCGAUUCACUUGUACAUAUGGAUUCGACUACGUUUGGUUACUGAGUUUGUAUUUGUAAAUAUUUAAAUACUGAAGUCAAUAUUUAAUAACUCUAAAUUCACUAAAAAUAUCUAAGCAGAAACUACGAAACUGAGAGCAAAUAAAGAUACCAUAUUUAGGAACAUAUCAAUUGUACUAUUAACGACAAGAGGAUAUUUUAAAGUCUAUUUUUUCUGUGCUUUGUACUUUUCAUAUACUUUGAUAGAAGGCUACUAGGUUACGUAAGUCGAUGGAUCUAACGAACUGCUUAAAAUUGACAGCUUCAGAUUAAAGGCUUAGCUAAUGACAGUUUCGUCCUGUGAAUCUAAUGUCACUUUAGUUAAAUGUCUUCCUAACAUAUGAGUCCCAGCUUAACUCGGACCUAAAUUCAAACAAAAUUUCGUUAACUGGGACUGGACAUGUGUUAUCGAUGUUCAUAAUCUACUAGUGUUUGUGUAUGGCGUAUUAAGACAUGUGCAAUAACAGUUUGCAUAGUUCGACCACCAUAUUGUUAAUGUGUUUUCUUAUUUUUUAAUAUGGUGUAGUUGAUGAUUUCAGACAUAAAAGACAAAUAGUUAGUUCAUAUCACAUAGUAUUAAUUAUUCGUACUAUAGAUUUAGAGUUAUUUUUAUCUAGUGUGCAGUGGUCUCUAGCUGUCAGUCAGCGGUGGCCAACUUGUUUUUAUUCCGUACUUAUGGACCAAAAAGAUGGCGCAGUUCUCGAGAUUUUGUUAAGAGCUUAAGGCUGUUGCACACUGUAUACAGUUACUGUUGUAGGAAACUCAAACUAUUGAUAGAUAUUGGUGAUUUCUAGGUGAUAAUGAUUUUCAUUGAUUAUGAUUUUAGAAGUCUAUAAUAAAGGUUCCGUUGAAUACACACAUAUCUAUAAAUAAAUAUACGAAAUGGGUGUUCUUUUCGGUUGGCGAAAUUGCAUAUCAAAUAAUCAAUGAAAAAUCAAGCUCUUCAUGUGUGUUAUUAAUUUUGUAGUAUUCUAUGAAACUGCAUUCUAUAAUAUAUAUGUCGUAACAAAACAUUAGUUGAGUCAAUUAUCUGUGCCUAUAGCAGUGGUAGUCUAUCUCUGUCUAUCACACUCUUACUCCAACUCUAUACCUUUUACUACCUUGUUUCUCUCUGUGCUGUGAUAAAUUCGUCAUAACCCCAAGACUGCAAUUAUUGUUAAGAGCUAUUGUACAUACAGUUUGGUUGCUUCUGCUCGCAAUUUCUGCCGAUUCGAUUGUUUGAUUCAGUAUUAAGACGGGACUCGACGAGAGGGGCAGACAAGUGGUCGAUCGUUAUAUUUAUCUCGACUUAUAAAUUAUCCCUUUGUGUUGUUGAAAUGCCGAUUUAUUUAAACCACAGAGGGAGACAAACACACCAUACCUACUACAAUGCUUACACGUUCAAAAAUACAUCAACAUGCAACAGACAUGACAAGUUAACAUAAUACACAAGUAAUGUUAAGUAAAUGUAUGUAUUUUCCGAUGCUGUGUGUAUAUAUUUAAAUUAUUCAAAGUAUUAUAAUACGCGUAAUUGUAUGCCAAAUAUUUUCUGGCAUUUUAUUUUUGUACAUGUAUUGUUCCCAAAGACAGUUUUUCAUAUUAAAUUUAAAAAUUAUAUGUACAUAUUGGAACAUACCAUCUACAAGGAUAGAAUGGCUAGGUUCAGUAUUACUAAAAGUCAAUUCAUUUUUUCAAUAAUGUAAAUAAGUUAUAUUCAUCGCUGAAUAAGUAAAUUCAUUAUAAAUU